GGAGGGGCCGCGCCUGUGUGCGCCGCUGUCACCAGCCCGGCUAAGGCAGCGAGCGGGGCAGGGCCUGGCGCCUGUCAGGGGCAGCGAGUAGAGCCUGUUGUCCGAUCGCCGCUGCUCCGUGACCGGGCGGGGCCCCUGGGCUCCGCGGCGAUCCCCGCCCUAGGGUGGAGGCUGCGCCGGGGGACGCCGGCGAGAGCUGAACGCUGUCGGCAUCGGGCAGGUUCCCGGGGAGGCGACGGGCGCAGCAGAGAAAGUGCUCGGCUCGUCUGAGGCGUGGGAGAAAAGGGCCCUGCCGGGGUGCCCGGGAGAAACGUGGCCCCGUUCAGCGGGUGCCGAGAGCUACAGAACUAGGCUAAGCGAGCUGGCAAAUCAGGGGUAGUCGUAUGUUUCGUUCGUCUCUUCCCUCAGCCCCGGGAGUGCCUGUGGGCUAAACAGAAAGCAGGUUCUCCCGCUCUGAAAGGUUUUUUUGGAGAAAAGCUGGGUAUUUACAACACAUGAUGUUGGAAAAAUUCCUUUAAUGUCAAACAUAAGAGUUAUGGCAGCACAUUGGAAGAAAACAUUGGUGAUCUUUCUAGCAGCUCAAGCAUUACUUAUGGGUGAUAGCUUUGAGGAAGAGGAUGUACCUGAUGAAUGGAUUCUUCUUCACGUAGUCCAAGGUCAGAUUGGAGCUGGAAACUAUAGCUACUUGAGACUAAAUCAUGAAGGGAAGAUAGUACUUCAGAUGCAGAGUUUAAAAGGCGAUGCAGAUUUGUAUGUAUCUGAUAUGACCCUUCACCCCAGUUUUGAUGAAUAUGAGUUACAGUCUGUAACUUGUGGCCAAGAUGUUGUUUAUGUACCAGCCCACUUCCGCCGCCCAGUGGGAAUAGGAAUCUAUGGUCAUCCCUCUCACUCGGAGAGUGAGUUUGAAAUGAAAGUAUAUUAUGAUAGAACAAUUGUAGAUUAUCCAUUUGGUGAGGCUUCCUACAACCCCGAAGAGAUGGAGGCAAGCCAGAAGCGUACUCAUUCACCAGCAGAUCAAUCUCAGGAUGAGGAAUCUAUUUUUUGGACUAUACUCAUUGGAAUUUUGAAACUUAUACUUGAAAUUCUUUUUUAAAAUAAUCAACUGGACAUACACUGGAGUAGAGUGCACUUAUAGCCUAUGACAUUGAACAUGAAUGGCUUGCUGUGAGCAUUGGUACUCUUUUUUGUAAAGUUACCUGAAGGUUACUUUUUCUAUGCUGAAGAGGGGAAAAGCAAAGCCAUAUUUAAUUUUGUAUUGAAGCCCCCUUCCCACCUUCCAGAAGUAAAAUGAGCAGAAAGCACAGUAUUUGUAUAGUUUUCUUUAUAAAUCCAGGGUUAAAGUGAAUGUACAAUAAAGAAAAUCUUAUUAAAAUGUAUCACUUUGAAUAGGUGCAUAAGAAAAUGGACCUCAAUAAUUCACUGUAUUUUCUAUUAAAGUGACACAAUUUUAUACAAAGAAAGUUGUAAAAUCUGAAAAGUGGUUUUAUCAACUUCAUCCAAUUUAAAAUAAAGAACUAAUUUUCUAAUCUC